AUGAGAUCAUUACGCUCAGCUCCGCGUCCGCUGUUUUCGGUGGGUUUUCCACGGUUGAUCUCCAGAGUUGAAGUGGCAUGCUCUAGGAACUACAAUGGUGUUCGGCCUGCAAGCACGAUACCGGAUCAUGGUCUUGAAGCUGGUGGUAUCAACUUCCCAGGACAUGCCAAGACUGCCUCUGUGCAGAAUGGGAAACUGAAGAAAGCUUUACCGAAAGACGACAGCAAAGGCACGUCAUCAUUUCAGCUCUUUGAGCGUAAUUAUCCGGACGAGAUCAGACUCUUGAAGUCGUUUUUGGCAAGCAGUAAGGUUGAUGUGCAACGGUUGUCUAAGAAAGACCAAUCUGAUCUGCUCAAUAGGUUCAAGAUCGUUAGUCAUUUUGGCAAGCCUUCGUUGCACAGCAAGAAACCGUCCUUGCGAUCAAUAUCUACUUUUUGCACGCUUUUGAAACAGGAUCUCAGUCUAUUCAGGUAUUUGGCAGAGGCGCGCUUGACGGGAAGCCCUUUUGAGAAGAAAGUCCCUGAGAAGGAAGUCCCGGAGAAAUUCCUACGGGAUAAAGACGAUUUUGCACCCCCAGUCAGCGCUGAAAGUGAAACAUCAUUCAAAUAUAACACAGAAGAAAGACUUGAGCAGCUCUUGAACAACACAGUGGCCGAGACGACUCCCAAAACACUAGCAGAUGAUCAUGGCAAUAUUCUAUUCAAAGAUGUACUUUCCACCUCAUUACCAGAAGCUUCCAAAUCUCCCAGAAGCAAAGAACUUCACUUGUCUGAUACCAUGGAAUAUCUGCAGGCGCAGAUUGUGCCAAAGGUCAAACGUUCGGAUCUGCAGGAGGACCUUUCAGAUAUAAAUGCAGAAAGAAUAAGGGCUACCUAUAAGAAGCCGAUCACAUCUGAGCUGGGAGCUGAUGCUGGAGCUUCUUUCAGAAGUCAGGAAACCCUCGACGACUUCCAGGAGUUUCUCAAGUCAACACAGAAAGACCACGAGAUCAAGAAAGAAGACCGUUUUAGACAGCAAAAUGCGUUCGAGUGGAGCAGAUCAAAGUCGCAGAGCUACCCUCGUCUUUUAGAAGAGGGCAAUUUUUUCACCCCGAGGUGUAUUCCAAAGACUUUGAUUCCAAUCAAAGAUGUGCGGUCUGUCGGUGCAUUUGCACGUGCUGACCUUUUGUUUCCAAAUACACCAUCUGGGAGAAAGGAGUUUCUCAUUCUGGUUGGCAGGAAAAAGAUUGUCACCCAGGAUAACCCAUUGGGAAACGACUCACUCCCGGAAGAUAUGUUCACCAUCUUUGGAAAGAUGAAGCAUCCGGAGAAGUUUAUGAAAAGGGUCAGCCGACUCCAGCGUAGAGGCUGGAAGCUCAUUGGCGGGGGUGGACCCAAGGAGUUUUUGGUCUUUCAGAGAUCUCUGGCUGUAAAGAGACGCUUAUUGACUUGGGUCAAGUCUUUCGUCGUCUUCAUAGGGACUGCAUCGCUGUCGCUGUUCGCAGUGAGCUUCAUGUUUGAAUGA